GCAGAACAUCCAAAUGAGAAGAGCAUUAAAGCAUCGUAUCGAGCAAGUGAACAUCUUUCGAUUAUUCAUGACGCUUCUUAUUUUGGGUGGAUAAAAGUUUCCGGUAUUUCCAGUAAUAUCAUAAUGUUGUUAAAUAGUGUCACGGACCCAACAUUACCAUCCGUAGGAAGUGAAAGUGCUUUUGAAGAGGUGUUAAGAACUUUGGAAUUUGCACGUGAACAGUUGAAUUUAAGUGAAUCUAUAUCGAUUGAAAAUCUUCAAGAUGAAUUCCUGAUGUUUGAAUUAACGGGCCCACGUUCAACGGCCUUAUUACAGACUGUUCUAGAUCUGUAUGAUGAUCCAAUCGAUUUAACCAAGGACAUUGAUAAAAUGUCGUCAAAACCACGUGUAAAUCAUGAAGCACAUAAGACAUGGAAAGCUUUGCGUGGUUUACGAACAUCAACUUCAUUACCACCUAGCAUUAUAUUAGGGUUAACGGUCCUCGAUCCGCGCUUACAGUUUCCAAAGAAAGUCCCCCAGCGGUCGAACCUGAUGCCUGUUGAAUCAGAAAGAGAAUUGCAAGAUAUUUUGGUUAAUUGGCCUGAAAAUGUUGCAUAUUCUGAACUAUGGAGUGACGAGGUUCGGAAUGCAUUAUAUUCCAAUAAAAUUUCUGACGGUGAAUUAGAUAAACGCAGAAGUAAAUUACUUAUUCCGGGGCAAAAGUUAUUAUUACAAUCGGAGGAUUCGCUAAUUCCAAUCUUUUUAAUAAAACGGGAUGGAAUUAAUAUGUCGAUUCCAUCAAAAAAAACAUCAUCGCCAGAAUUUGUAGGUGGUUGGAAUAUCAUUAUGCCUGCUAAUUGGGGCAUGGCUUUUUGGAAAAGUUUUAUUUUUGCAGGUGCAUGGGUUGGUGGGUUGCGAGAACGUCAUAACCAUCACUUCGAAUCAGGUAUACCAUGUUUUCCAUACGAUUUUCCUGGUACUAUACCAUAUGAGAAUUUUUCUAAUGAUCUGAAAAAGAUAACGCAAUCAGAGUAUAACAAACGCCCACCUGCAAAACGUCCUAAUUUCAAAAAACUUCUAGUUGAUUCACCAUUCGAACCACCGUUUGGUCAACUGGGAAUAAAUCCAAUAGAAUCACGUGAUUCUGUACACGAUAAAACAAUGACAUGGUUACUUCAAGGAAUAAAAAACAUUCGUUUACUUGAGAAUGUCGAAAAUUCCAGUGAAGAAUUUGACAUAGAACUUUCUAAACAAAUCAUACAGGCAUUCAAUUCUAGAGGUAUAAGUCUUGAAAGUGGAGCUGUUUCGCCUGAUACAAGUAAAGCUCUUGUUCAUGUCAGAGUAGGAUUCUUGGCACGAGGAUUACCUGGACCAAAUUCUAUAAUAUAUAAGGCUGAUAAGAUUAAAUAUGAUCAUUGGGUUAAUGUGCUCAACAACAGAAAAGACGAUUCAAAUAGUAUUGAAUCAGAAAAUGACGACGCUGAGGGGGUUCGACCGUCUUCAUUACCUUCCAAAGCUGAUAUAAUUGGUUAUGUUACAACAGGACAAUUUUCUUUUAGUCAAGGACAUGGAUUUGCAAUUGGAUGUUGCUCGGUAACUAUUAGAAAGAUAACAAGUCAUAUUUGUAAACCUGCUACUUUAGAAAUUUUGCCAUGA